AUGGAUCCUUAUAUCCGCGCCCAGGAUCCGAUACCAUGUGACCUGUGUGAGACUGAAAUGGUACAGGUUCAUUGUGAGAUGUGCAACAUUAAACUUUGCAAUACGUGUAUUGGAGAGCACAUGGCAUCCGAUGAUACCAAGAAAAAACAUGAGAUCUUGAGAUUUAUAUUUCGGAAGUCGUUUCUAUUUUACCCUAUUUGUUCUUGUUAUGACAAAGAACAAUGUGAAAUGUACUGUAAGCAAUGUAAUGUUCAUGUCUGCCUCACAUGCAUUGCCUCUGAUCAACAUUCAGGUCAUACUUUGUUGAAAAUUUUGCAAGUUUUUGAAGAAAGAAAAGAAAAGAUCACCAAAGAACUAAAUGAAUUAAAUAAAACCAUAUUUCCAACCUAUCAGGAUAUAUCUUCAGAUGUACAAAAUGCCAUAAAGCAGUUAGAAAAAAAAUAUGGAGAUCUUACAAUAGCCAUAAGAAAGCAUGGGGAUCACUGGCACCAAAAUAUUGAUAAUUUUAUCCAAAAACUGAAAGCUGAACUUGAUGAAAUGAAAAAUAAUCAAAUACUUACUCUACAGAAGCAUCUGGAUGAUGUUAAUGAGAAGCUGUCCGAAAUAAGAGAUGAAAUUAACUCAACGGAUAUGGUUAUAGACUCCCAGGACAUUUCCGAAAUGCUAUGUGUUACACUAAAUGUAAACAAAUAUAUGAAACUUCCACAAAAAAUUGUUCCUUCUAUACCUACAUUCAAUCCAAGCACAGUCCAAGAAGAGGAGCUUUUUUGCCUGUUCGGAUCUUUAUCACCAGGUACAUUAAUUUCAGAAGAACAAGGUUACCAAAUCAAAACAGCAUCCAAAAAAUCAGAAGCUGGAACCUCUCAUCCAGACAAACAGUUGCUUGAUGAACCAGAGCUCAGCACUAUAAUCUUCACAAGGUAUAGAACACACCUAAAUAACGUUGUCUGUCUGAAUGAUGAAGAAAUAUGGACGAGAGGAAAUGAGAAAACCAUGAAUCUGUUUAGUAUCAAUGAAGGUUUAGUACUAAAGUCAAUCCAAGCUAAAUCAGGAAAUGCCCCAACAGACAUAGCAGUAACAAAAGACGGCCAUCUUGUUUAUGUUGAUUAUAAACAGAAAUCUGUACACAUUGUGAGAAAAGAAGAGAUGGAGACGGUGAUCAAACUAAAGAAAUGGAGACCUCGCAAUCUCUGCAUGUCUUCCUCUGGUGAUUUCCUUGUUGCCAUGCACAGUAAUGAUUUCAAACAAUCAAAGGUUGUCCGUUACACAGACUCCAUGGAGAAACAAACAAUUCAGUUUGAUGAUGAUGGCAAACCUCUCUUUUCAUCUGAAGACCCAAAAUAUAUAAGUGAGAAUAGAAAUAUGGAUAUCUGUGUGGCUGACUACGCUUUUAAGGUAGUUGUAGUGGUAACUGAUGCCGGGAAUCUGAGAAUUAGGUACACCGGGCACACUCCUGCUCCAAGGAAAAAAAUAUUUAAACCAGCAGGGAUUACCACAGACAGUCAGAGUCACAUCCUUAUAUCAGACAUAAAAAAAUCACUGUGUUCAUAUUAUAGAUCAGGAUGA